AUGAAGAACAACGCCUCUACUCAGUCCACACGAACAGAUCGCUUCCGUUCUAGACCUGGAGAGGGUUCUGUAGAGAGUGGCGAUGGUCCUCUCAAUACUUCAGAAGAAGAUGGAGAAAAGAACUCCAACAAUCUAGAUUUUAGGGAAGUGGUUUCCCAUCUUACCUUCUUCAUCAAGUCUUAUACUUAUCCAUAUGCAACUAUAAUGGUUCAAGAUGAGCGACAAGCUCUCUUAUUUACCACUACUUUUAGGGUGACACUUGGUUGGGACCCUAGUGAUAUAGAACUUAGACAUCAUCUUAUUUUUAGGAUUAACAAUGCAGUUUCUAAAUGGAGUUACCGUUUACUCGAAUCACAAGUCUUGAAGUUUUUGAGUUUUUUAGGCUAUGAAGAUUGA